AUGAACAGUCUGGUGGCCACGCCUCCCGUUCCUCCUCAUUUCUACGAAAAUCCUCGGCUUUCUCCUUCCCUAAUAAUGUCCACCCCCUCUUCUUCGUACACCAGCCGAAAGCGGAAAGCCGAUGAUGAUGGCAACGACCAUGACGGGCGGAUGUCCGCCUCUCCCACGAACUCCCCUGCCUUUACGCCUCGCCAGCUCCCUUCCUUUAGAAAUUUCAAGCGGUCCCGACCAAACAUCUCUGGCAGACCUCUCUCCCUUCCUCGCUUGUUAGAGACCCUGGAUACCGAUGCCUUGCGGACAGUUGUGCGGAGUAUGUGUGAGCGCCACCCCCAGCUUGCCGAUGAGGUAGCCCAAACCUCUCCUCGCCCUAGCGUUUCCUCUACCCUCCAAGUGCUUCGGAACUAUCAGGCUGCUCUCCAGUCUUCAUUCCCACUUGGUGGCAACACCGCGUCUGACUACGCCUACAACCGAGUUCGACAGCCACUCACCAAUCUCCUCGAGGCCCUCAGUGACUUCACCCCAAACUUCCUUCCGCCGAAUGAGUCUCAGCCAUCAGUUUCCCUCAGCUACCUUGACGGUGCGACCGAUAUUAUCCACGCCUUGCCUCGUUGGAGCUCGCCACAAAACAACAUCGAGCGGGACUCGGCUUAUGAUGAGAUUGGCAAAGCCUGGGUCCUGGUGAUCCGGGAGGCGGCCAAGCGUGGCGGAGGUAUCCAACUCCAAUAUGGAGGUUGGGACCAGAAGCUGGCUAAGCACAACCAAACCUCGGGAGGCAAGCUGCAGGGUGUGGUUAAUGAGCUCGGCUUGAGCUUGGGUUGGAUGAAUGGACCAGACUCUCCGUCCCACGGCCCUGGUGGCAAUGACAUGGGUUCCAUACGAGAUCAGCUUCUUUCAGGCACUUAUGGCAUGGGCACACCCGUCAAAGUUGGGCCCUGGUGA